AUGGCUGGGGCUCGUGCGCGCGGCGGGCGGGGCGCAGCGCUGAGGCGCGUCGGGAGCCGCUCCGUCUGCGACUACUUCUUCGAGGCGCAGGAGAGGGCCUCGGAGGCGGAGAAUGUGCCUCCCGUCAUCCCCACGCCGCACCACUACCUCCUCAGCGUCUACCGCCACAAGAUCUUCUUCGUGGCUGUCAUCCAGAGCGAGGUGCCGCCGCUCUUCGUCAUCGAGUUCCUGCACCGCGUCGUCGACACCUUCCAGGAUUAUUUUGGGAUCUGUUCAGAGGUGAUGAUCAAGGACAAUGUUGUGGUGGUUUAUGAGGUACUGGAGGAAAUGCUCGACAAUGGCUUUCCAUUGGCAACGGAAUCUAAUAUUCUCAAGGAGCUGAUAAAACCUCCCACUAUCCUGCGAACAGUUGUCAACACCAUCACAGGAAGCACAAAUGUGGGUGACCAGCUCCCCACUGGACAGCUCUCAGUGGUGCCUUGGAGACGUACUGGUGUGAAAUACACCAACAACGAAGCAUAUUUUGAUGUGAUUGAGGAGAUAGAUGCAAUCAUUGACAAGUCAGGGUCCACAAUUACUGCUGAAAUCCAAGGGGUGAUUGAUGCUUGUGUCAAGCUGACUGGCAUGCCAGACCUUACACUGUCCUUUAUGAACCCCCGAUUGCUGGAUGAUGUCAGUUUUCAUCCAUGCGUGCGUUUUAAGCGCUGGGAAUCAGAGCGAAUCCUCUCCUUCAUUCCACCUGAUGGGAAUUUUCGCUUGUUGUCCUAUCAUGUCAGCGCUCAGAAUCUUGUGGCAAUUCCUGUCUACGUCAAACACAACAUAAGCUUCCGUGAUGGCAGCUCACUGGGACGCUUCGAGAUCACUGUGGGACCCAAGCAGACCAUGGGAAAGACCAUAGAGGGAGUGAUGGUCUCCAGCCAGAUGCCAAAAGGUGUCUUAAACAUGAGCCUCACACCGUCACAGGGAACACACGUGUUCGAUCCAGUUACAAAGUUGCUCUCAUGGGAUGUUGGGAAAAUAAACCCCCAGAAGCUGCCAAGCUUGAAAGGGACAAUGAGUCUUCAAGCUGGGGCAUCCAAGCCUGAUGAGAAUCCCACCAUUAACUUGCAGUUUAAAAUUCAGCAGCUGGCUAUAUCUGGACUGAAGGUGAAUCGCUUGGACAUGUAUGGGGAGAAGUACAAGCCCUUCAAGGGGAUAAAAUACAUGACUAAAGCUGGCAAGUUCCAAGUCCGAACCUAGAGGAGCCUCAUAGUGAGGAAGAACACUUUCCUCUCUGUCUUAUUCCUAGCUGUUGAAUGCAACCUCUCCCCACCACCACGCAUUCAGGGGUUCUCCCUUCUCUCUACUAGCAUCUGCUGGAGAGCCAAUGCUUGGGGUGCUGGGGAGCAGGGAAAAGCAGGGCUGACCUGAAAUAUCUCGUCCCUAACUGCAUCUGAAAUAGAGCAGUGGCAAAUGGG